AACCAUUGUCCUGGCCAAAUCUUAAAUCUGACUUGGUGGAUGAAGAUGUGGUCCUUGGUUUUUGUUUAAGUGAAUAUUGAAAUCGUUGGAGCUGCCUUUUUAACAAGCAGAGAGCCCUGGUCCGGCGUCCCACGUUCGUGGUCUUCCGCCAUGGACGACGCCACCUUCAAUGAAGCGCAUCAGCAGCAUCGCCUCCUCCAAUACCAGCCGAUCCAAGCCUACGACCCCUCCCAGCCGAUCUUCCACGCAGCGCACAGCGCCUACCACCACCAACAGCACCACCCCUAUGACCUCCACCCCUCCGAUUAUCCCUACCGCCCCUACCACUCCAUCGCUCCGCCGCCGCCAGCUGCAGUCUCCGCCACCCUCCCCGGGGCCUCUCAGAUCCACGCCCCCACGGCCCUGCACGGGGAUCUCCGCAUGGCAGCGCCGCCGACGCAUCACGGGGCCCCAGAGCCAUCCUCCUUCGGUUUCUCCACGCCUCUUGGGACGAAUCCCCUGGCGUCUCAAGUGCCGGCGGCGUGGACAUUUGGCACGCUCGAUCGGGCUGCGGUGGCGAUCCCACACCCGCAGCUUUGAAGUGUUUCUGCAGGUGGGUGGUGGAUACACACAAAGGGGUGGUGGUAGAAGAGGUCGUUUUUCUUUCCGAGGUGGCAGAGGCAGAGGCAACGGCAACUUCAGCCUCAACCCAUCCAAGCAUGGUGUUGGUGAACCUUCCUAUAAUGGCAGAGGGCGAGGACAAGGAACAAAGGGUAAAAGGGGAAGUAGUCUAAAUCACCUGUCCAUAACUAGCCAAUCGCCAAAUCCUGCAAUAGUAUCGAUGACAGGAUCAUUGUCGGUUGUGGAUGGGAAUCCCACCCCUGCAGUUAGUGCAGCGCUACAAAGUAAAGUACCAAUGCAACCUCUCUUUCCAAUUGCUUGGUGUGAUAUUUGCAGGGUGGACUGUAAUAGGUUAGAAGUUCUGGAACAGCACAAAAAUGGAAAACGACACAAGAAAACUGUGCAAAAACUCCAAGAGAUACAAGCUCAGCAGAAUCUGAUGGCUGAUCUACAUUCUAAUUAUGUAGGCAAAUCUGAAUUACUGUUCCCAAGCAUGGAAGGGGCCAAUCUUCCAUCUCUGGCUGAAACAAACAUAUUUUCUCAUCUAAGAGGAGAGAAAAUAGUGACUAGUGCACCUGUUUCAUCUGGCCAAGUUGGUGAAGCUGAAAAUGCAAUUGCAAUCUCUGGGAAUACCAGUUUUACACUUGAAACUGCUCCAACUAGUGAGACAAACAUAAAGCCUACUCCAUCGGUGACUGUUGUAUCGUCUGAAGUUUCUGAAGCAAACAGAUGUUCUGCUGCAUCAGAGAGUCUAAUGCCUGCAAUUGCAGGAAUUGGUCACAAGGUGGAACCUGAAGUUCCAUGUCAGACUGUUGCAACACAAUCUGAAUCUUCAAAGGAAGAGAGAGCUGAAAAAGAGGCAACAACAUCAACGAUGCCAGAUUUUAUUGAUGUUCCAGAUUGUAUUGAUGUUCCUGCAGUAGAGGGACGUCGAAGGAUUGCAAGGAUGACUACUGGACGUGGAAGGAUGGCAAGGAUGAAUAAUUAUGACAGAAGGCAUGGCACGAAGAAAAGAGCAAUGAGCUAUCAGCUGGAUGGAAGGCGGUUGAAGAGACAUGAGGUUGCAGGAGCUAGAAAUCAAGAGCGCCAAAAGCAUCAACCUAUGGUUUGCACUGUAUGCAAUGUUAGGUGCGAUACACUAGCUGUAUUUGAGUGUCAUUUGUCUGGUAAGAAACAUAUUUCCAAGAUCAAGCGAUCUCAAGGUCAAAAUACAGUUUUCGGGCGCAUAACCGUAGAUAUUCUCCCCAGCCAAUCAACAACUUGUGCGCCUCAAGGUCCCGAGCCACUGUUCUAUGGUCUUUUGAGUCCUGAUGUAUUCCAGAAGGCGGCGGGUGUAGCAGAAGGGGCACAAACAGAAGCCAUUGCUUUCAGUUCUCAAUCUCAGCAGCAGCAGCAGCUACAACCUGAAAUUGUUGCUGUGGGUUCUCAAUCUCAGCAGCCGCAGGUACAAUCUGAAGGCAGCAUUCCAUCAUCCAAGUUACAGGAGGAAGCUACAAAUAUGCAUAUUAAAGGGCUACCUAGUGUUCCGAAGAUCGAAUCAGAUGAACCUUGCCAAUUGCCAGACAGUCCAAAGGAGCUCGACCCCACUGGUGACUUCUUGUUCAUGCCGACUUUGUCAAAGUAGAUGCGCGCAUCAUAUAUACUUUUUGGAUGCUCCAGUUCGGUUAUUUAUAUCUGGAUCUUUUGUUGCUUAGAGCAGGUCAUUUGGCCAACUAACUUAUCUCAGGUAAUUCUAUUUCAACAUAUGAUGAUCUGGUUCCUUGCCAACUCUGUCUUGUUCUUAAAAUUUAGUUUUUCUUA